ACAGCAGAGACGGCGCUCAGUUCGAACUCGACGUUCGUACGGUUUGGAUCGUUUUUUUUGGGGGGAAAUCGGUGAUAUUCCCGCGCUCUGCCUUUGGGACGACGACGGUUCCUAAUUUCGAAAUCACGCGCAUCAUUUUUCUACAGACAAGUCCCAAACAAAAUCGCGGGUGCGUGUGUAAGAAUCGUUCCAGAAAAAAACAACCUUAUGCUGAUAAACCAAAGAAGAUUGCAGCAAAAAUACACCGGAGGAGGACUGCCGUAACGAGCGAAGCUGCUGAAUGAAUGUUGCUGCUGGACAGAAACAAAAACAGUAGAGUGCUGUUGUAGCCAGUAGUGAUAGGGGGCCCCGUCAAUCGAUCAAAGUGUUUCGAGGCAUCGAGGAGCGACGAUGAACAUAAGUGGUGGCGCAUCAGGUGUGAAGUUUGUAAAGAAAGUGAGAAAAACAACAGUGCGGUAACUUGCAUGCUGCCGGGCGCAGCCACGAAGCCGUAAAAUUAUAUUCCCAAAACGCGUGUCGGUUCUAGUGAUUGUUUUUAUUUUGAAACCCCUAAUGAGUGAACUCCUCGCCGGCCUAAGUGUGUCCAAAUAGCACACCCCGUCUACUUUUAGGAUAGCGCGCGCGUGUAGACGUCUUACGAAUCACGAGCAACAUGCAGUAUAAAAUAAGUGUUACGAUCGGAGUGAUUGGCUGCGUACUGUCUGCGUGCCUUGUCGCUUCCGGCAGUUUGGCCGUGGCGGAAGAGUCGUCUGGAGGUAGCAGUCCCAGGAGUCCCGCCAAAGAACCGGGAUCGGCCUUAACCGUUCGGGAGCAACAAUGCUGCCAUGAGUCUGACGUCCUGUCGGCGAUUUAUCAUGGCUGCUUCAAUCAGCCUGGCAACGAUACCUACCCGAUACUGAUGAACUGCAGCCAGCACUACGUCAUCUACCAGGACCUGGAGGUCGAGGUCCAUGUCAACGCGAAAGGAUCCCUGGUAGAUGGAGACUACGAGAUCGCUUGGUCAGAGUACUGCGGAACGACGCUGCUGGAGAACGAGGAGCUCCAUCCGGUGUUUCUGGUGUGCUUCAACAACGACGGCUAUGCCUCGCAUCUGCAGUUCUACUUCGGGAAGGGCAUCAUGAUGCUGGUGUCGGUUCUCUUCCUGGCGGUGACGCUCUACAUCUACUUCAUCAUUCCGGAUCUCCGGGAGACGCAGGAUAAGGUCACAUCGAUAGCGGUCGCCUCCUUGAUGAUGUUCAUGUUGCUGCUCAGCAUCGUGCAGCUGCGAGCCUCCAUCACCUAUUCGGCGUUCUGCACCGUCAUAGCGUUCCUGAUGUACUUCUUCAUGGUCAGCUACUUCGCCUGGCUCAACAUGGUGAUGGCCAACGUUUGGAAACUGACAGUGGCCCGGCGCUGGAAAAUUAACGAACAGGCCUGGUACGUCCUGAACCACAUCUACGCCAACACAGUGGCCCUAACGCUGACGGCCAUGGUCUACAUUUACCACAUGAAGCAUUCCACCUUCGGAGAGAUAUCCUGCUGGUUCCGGACCGAACGAGAGCAGUCCUACUUCGUUUACCUUCCGCUGUCUGUGAUGCUGAGCAUCAACAUCUUCCUUUUCAUCUGGACCAGCUUCCAUCUGCAUAACAGCGACAUCAGUGCGGACCGAAAGAAAGCGCUCCGAUACAAAUGCAUGCUGUACUUAAAACUGUUCCUGCUGGCCGGGCUCAUCUGGAUAUUUGAAAUUAUUUCCUUCCACGUGCCGGAGGCUAGCUUGUAUCGGUCAUGGUUCUGGAUUCUGAUCGACUCGAUAAACUGCCUUCACGGGGUGCUGAUAUUCUUCGUGCUGAUAGUAUGGCGGCAGCGCAUCAAACGGGAACUUUCCGGGCGCCUAGUUUUCUGCAUCCGGUGCCCGGCAAGCUGGGCGCAGCUGAAGGACGACGAGCAGGAACACCUGGCGGAGGAGGAAGAUCAGGAAUACGGCAAGUACGAUUUAAUCAUCAAGUAGGAGCUUCCCGGAGCGAGAUGAUACCGGCAAAAAAGAACCGUUACAUUCUGGAGAGCAACAGUUGCACUUGUACAAUGUUACACAUACGGAAAAAAUAAAAAUACACGUAAUGGUUUCUGGUGCACGUAACGAGAAAGGAUCUUCCAUAUCUAGCACAAUUAUCUUUCCGGGAACGAAGGUGCUCACGAAAGCGGUGGCAAAAAUCGUACUACACCGAAACGACAGAAUGCCACACCGCUAUCGAUGGAGAGGAUAACUGCAUGAAAUAUACAUACAUAUGGAGCAUAAGUAAGGAUAAGUGAAAUCGAACAUUAGGAUAAUGUUAAGUGCUAUCAUCAUACUAAAGAAGAAAUUGUUGAAUAGCUAUUCUAAAGAGUGUAGUAUAGAGCUUUAUAUAACUCGCCUCAAUCGAAAAGGAUGCAGCAGCUUUUGCAUCCGGAAAUUCGAUGCUUUAGGUAAAUCGGUAGCUUUAGGAAAAAAAAUUAAGUCAAUAGGUUGAAUCAGAGAGAAAAAGUUGAAAUCCAUUGAAAAUGGCAUGACACUAAGAGUUUACAUGUUUUAAUAAAAGCUUAAAAAACAAUCGAGCCGGACUUUUUAAGUAAUCCCCUGUAGAUGCCGUUAAAAAAAAAUCAUUCAUCCGGACACAAAGUGGAAUUA